AUGGAGAAAACGAACCCACCAAGAAAUCGGAAAUCAAACCCGGAUUUCACUGGUCAAGAAUAUAUAAUGAAAGUUCGGAAGCCACGUCAACAACCGCCAAGAAAACCACGUAUUUGUCCAAAGUGCAAAAGAAUGGCAAAAGAGUUCAAUGAACUACACAAAACAUUUGAUUCCAUAAGCCAGCUUGUUAGCGAUUUCGGCGCCAUGAAACUGGAAAAUGUAGAGAAAAAAUAUACGUUUGCUCACUUGUCGACCGAAGCCUUGGUCGAACUUACAGAAAAGGUGGCCAUCAUCUGUACAUCCGCAACAAAUCGCACAACGAAAGAUUCGGUAACGAAUACAAAGGAUUAA